AUGGGGAUUCCUGGUCUGAAAGAUGAGCUCGGUCCUGGGGAGCGUAUCUCCUUGGCCAGAUACUCAGUCGGCCAUCUGCAACGCACGAGAAAGCCAUUACGCUUAGCUGUUGAUAUUUCCAUAUGGCUUUUUCAAGUCCAGGCAGCACAAGGAGGGGCAAAUCCCGCCCUUAGGACCCUCUUCUUCCGACUAACGAGGCUGAUUUCUCUGCCAAUCCAACCAAUCUUUGUUUUCGAUGGGCCACAUAGACCGGAUUACAAAAGAGGCCGGCUGGUCAGCAAGAAUGCCGCCGCCGCACAAAUAGAGCUUUCAAGGAAGCUAAUUGAACUAUUUUCGUAUCCGUGCCAUAUGGCCCCGGGGGAAGCCGAGGCAGAAUGUGCAAAACUGCAGCAGGCAGGUGUUGUUGAUGCCGUUAUGAGUAACGAUGUUGAUGCCCUCAUGUUCGGCUCCAAGGUUACCCUUCUCAAUUAUUCCAAGGGCUCGGCCAAGCAGUCAGGAGCUGCAACCCAUGUUGAUUUGUACAAUACCGAGGCGGAAGAUGGAGAUAGCAAGGUCACACUGGAUACCAGGGGCAUGAUUUUAGUUGCAUUACUGAGUGGUGGAGAUUAUUCGCCUGCUGGUGUAGCUCUCUGCGGUCCAAAACUAGCAGUUGAGAUCGCUAGAGCUGGUUUUGGCGAAGAUCUUCUUGAAAUAACUCAGGACCUACUAUCUGGGCGAUCAACCAAGAAAGCCGAAGAGGCAUUGUGUGAAUGGCGGGAACGCCUUCAAUAUGAACUCCAGAGUAAUGAAAGCGGGUAUUUUAAAACUAAACAUAAAGCCGUUAAGAUACCUGCCGACUUUCCGAAUUUGGCAGCUUUACGAAGUUGUGUUCAUCCGGUCACCUCGUCCCUCAAGGAGAUGAAUGCACUUCGCCGAUCAGACAUAUGGGGCAGAAGAAUCGAUGUUGACCGGCUUCGCGCAUUUGUUGGCAGAUACUUGGGGUGGAAAAAUGCAAUAGGGGCCAAGAACUUGAUAAGAAAACUUGCGCCCUCUUUGCUAAGCUAUAAUUUAUUUUAUAGCUCUCUUGGAACACCAAAGGACAAGCUGCCACUUAAAAUAUUGGGUUACAAGUCGGCCGAUUCCUUUGAUGCAUUACCAGUGUUGAAACUAGAAUAUGUGCCCCUCCAAAUUGUCAAUGUUGACCUGGACCAGGAAACUACCACUACUAGCCCACAAGAAGAGGAGGUUAUGAACAUUGACUCUUCCGAUAAUGAUGAUACACCAAAGGAAAGUCACGCUAUGGUCAGGAAAAGUACUCUGGCUGAGUAUGACCCGUCUGCUUCCCAGAAAGCAUGGUUGUUUGAAGCCAUAGUACGUCGAGGUAUCCCAGAUACCGUGGAUGAUUGGUUUGCGGAGUGCAAGAAGAAGGAGGCUGCUAAAAAACGGCCGGUGAAGAAGUCUGAGACACGGAAGAAAAAACCCAAAGUGGUUGACCCGGGAAUGAAAGCUGGUUCUAUUCUCCGGUAUGGAACUAUAACCAAAGGACCUGUUGUACAACGGAAUGCCACGUCUUCAUUGGCCAAGGAGUUGCCUCCUUCUAGCAGCCACAGCCUUUCAUAUAGCGACAUGGCGGGGACACAAACGCCUCCAAUUUCGUCUGGAAAAAAUACAGACCUCCCUGCUUCCUCUGAAUUUCUCGAUCUAACAUUCAGUGACCCGUUGGAUGACCCGGUGGGUUUAGAUCAUACGCAAGAUAAAAAAGACUUGGCUCUUAGCCAUGUACAUAUUUCAGAAAGGAUGCUCGCAGGAAGCACUCGACCAGACAUAGUCUGUGCCCCCUCUCAAGAGCAAAAAAUUCCGAAAUGCAAGGAACAAAUUCUGGUCCCUCCUGUGCAGCCUAAUGAGGCAAAACUACCCAAGGAGAAGAAAGCCAUUACGAAAAGCCCCUCACCACAUCCGUCGUACUCUGCUACUCAGGAGUUCCCGUCCUUGAAUCAAUUAUCAAUCGAAUUGGAUAACAUUUACAAUAUGAACCCUCCAAGUGAUACCCGGACGCGACAUCAGAAAACAGAUCGUCAUGUAUUAUAUAGAGACAAUGGACCACCUGCACCAGAAGGUAUUAUGGAUGCUUUCAAGCCCAAGAUGAUAUCCAGCGAGCAUCGUCCUCCUGCUUUGCAUGUUAAAAUUGACAAUGGAUUUUGGACUCAGGUCCAGGGUGCAACUACAGAUUGUCCCUGUCUGCUAAGCUCUGAGAAGAACUCGAGUUUGAAUUGCUUAUCAGGCAGGCUAAUAUGCCUAGGGUACGUUAGUAUAGUUGAUCUUACUUGA